GCUUAAAAUUCAAAUAUGGUGGAUUGUAUAACCGGAAGAAAGAAGAAAUUUGUGACUUUCGGUGUUCAUUAAACAUCUCUUGUUUACACGAGAAUGGGAUUGAGCUCUCUCUCCUCUCAUAUUUUCUUGGUACAAAACUUUCACCGAUUGUACACAAUUGACAAUACAUCUUUCGAACCGCCUUCCUUAUCACAACGCGUCUGUAAACUAUGUCAUCCAAACGACCCCUUAAGCAUUGUCGUACCAAAUGGGCACAAACUGUCGCCACACAAAUAAGAAAGAAAAAAAAAAGAUAAAACCGUUUUAAUUUCCCCCUCCAGAACAAACUCCAUCACAGAUACGACGAUUAAGUAGUUUGUAAAAUUGUAUACCAUCUGGUGGUGACGCCACAUGAUGCCACGUGAAAACAGUGAUUGAAGUAUGUGCAAAAAAAAAAAAAAAAAAAACCAUAAUCAGCGCCAGGCGGGAGAUGGAGAAUGAAUGAAGCCUGAGGGCCUCUUAAAACCCAUCCAAUAUUCCAAUGCCAUCCAUCACCAUCAUCAUCAUCGCAGAGUCUCCAUUCUCCAAGUGGAUGAUUUCCAACUAGAAUUAACGUACGGUUGUAAUAAUAUCUAGCUAGGUUGUUCUUUUAUGAUGGUGAAUUUAAUAUCUUGGUCAUUUAUUCAAUAAUGAAAUUAGUCAAGUAGGGCUUGGGUAAGUAGGGUAAGUCUGUUAAUGAACCAAGCCGUUCAUGAACGGCUCGGUGUCCGACUCGAGAAAAACUCGUUCGACACUCGAUUCGUUUUAAUCGAGCCGGCUCGCGAACAAACUCGUUAACUAAACGAGCCGAACUCGAGCCAUACCAUGUUCAGCUCGAAAGCUCGCAAACAAGCUCAUUUAAUGGUUUGGCAUAAAAAAAGGAUUAGAAUUCAUGUAUUUUAUGAAUUGAAAUUGGGAUAAAUAUUGUGUUUUACUUUGAUAAACUUUGCUAUAGGUUUGAAUGUAAUUUUGUACUUAGUUCUAAGACAAUCUUGAACUAUCAUGAAUAUUUUAUGAGCUGAACUCGAUCUUGGACUCGUUAAACUUAUUUGACGAGCCGAGCUCGAGCUUUCAUUUUCAUAAACGAGCCGAGCUCGAGCUUGCAUUUUAAAGCUCGUGACAAACACGAGCCGAGCUUCAGCCUGAAAAUAUAUUAACGAGCCGAGCCCGAACUAUGGCAAAGCUCGGCUCGAUUCGGCUCAUUAACAGCCCUACAGGGUAAUCCUACUAGCAUAGUAGGAAAAAAACGAUAUUCAACAUGUAUGUCGUGUGAAUUUCUAAACCUGGGAUUUGUGUCUUAAGAGUUGGCUAAUGAACAUGUUGUCUGAGUACUAAAACGAAAGAUGUGGGAAAUCUAUAACAUCAUGUCAACUAUAUUACGGGUUGGGUGGAUGAGGGAGGGUGUAGACCGAACAACCAAUCGAGGCAUGUGAUGGUUGGCCUUAGAGACUCGUUAAGAACCAUUAAACAUUAUUAAGGUUAUUUAAUGUGGCGACUAUUACAUACAGGUUGACGCACUACUUAUCUGAAUUCCACAACGUUAACUAUCCGAUCAACUUUGCCAACUUCCCCAGCUUAACUGUAGGCAUCGACCCAACCUCUAUGGCAGACUCUUCCUAUAAGGCGUUAAUGUUUGUGAACUUGUCGAGCGAGCACCUUGUCUCUUAAGUAAAACUUUGGCUCGAACCUCUCAUACCAUUAGCCGACGUUAAUAAUCUAGGCUUGCCUCGCAAGCUUUGUUAAAUUUCAAACUUAACCUAGGUAAGGGUUCAUCUUGCGAAGGGGAAGGUUGAUGGGGUUUUUCGAUGCUUUGGGCAGUUAAUGUCGACAUGUCGUAGAACUUGAGCAAAUCUCAUGAAGACAAAACAAAAGGAAGGAGUCGUUCUGGUAAGGAGAGCGCGACAUCGUUAUGUACUAUCGAUUGUAGAUUUUAGAUGCACUAAUUAGUCAUCGAUUAAUUGAUACUAAUCAGUUCUAAUUGUUUAACCAAAAAAAAAUUCAAAUAAACAUAUGAAAACCAUCAGCAGCAACAUUUUUACCAAUUACCAGUUGGCCGCCUAACCCAAUUACCGGUUCCCAGACUGACCGGUUAAUAGCAAUGUUAGUUACCAUUCCUUUUCUUCUUGGACGAAUUUUACUUAUUUCACUUUUUUUUAUUACUACUUAUUUCACUUAUUGCCUAAGCCCUGUGAGUAGAGGUGGCAAUUGGAUCGGAUUCGUGGAUUAGAUUGGUGGAUUCAUAGAUCAAAUGGAUUGGUGGAUUCAUGGAUUGGAUCAAAUGGAUUGGUGGAUUGAUCCAUGAAUCCAAAUGACAUCCAAGGCUUGGACCAAAAUGUAAAUUUUGAAAAGUUUUGGUACUAAAAUGUCAUAAUGAAAAAUUUUAGGUACCAAAAUAUAAUUUUCCAAUGAUAUUUUUCGUAUAAAAAUAUAAAUUUUAAGGUACCAAAAUGUAAAAUAUAAAAAAUAUAGGUACCAAAUUAUAAUUUGCCAUUUGGAUUCAUGGAUUGAUCCAUGAAUCCACCAAUCCAAUUGUAAUUGGAUCAAAUGGAUUGGAUUUAAAUAUAUUGGAUUAGGUGGAUAAUUUGGUGGAUGGAUUGAAUUGGAUUCAUGGAUUUGGAUCCUUAUUUCACUUAUUGCCUAAGCCCUGUGAGUGAAAUUAAAUUAACCAACUACUUAAAAAUUACACCAUAAAAAAACUACUUAAGAAUUACAAAUUUAGUCCUCCGAGUUGUGCGAUCUUUCUGGAAAACUGAAAAAGAGAGAAACGGGGACACAAAGGUUGAUGGGGUUUUUCGAUGCUUUGGGCAGUUCAUGUCGACAUGUCGUAUAACUUGAGCAAAUCUCGUGAAGACAAAACAAAAAGAAGGAGUCGUUCUGGUAAGGAGAGCGCGACAUCGUUUUGUACUAUCGAUUGUAGAUUUUAGAUGCACUAAUUAGUCAUCUGUUAAUUGAUACUAAUCAGUUCUAAUCGUUUAACCAAAAAAAAUUCAAAUAAACAUAUGAAAACCGUCAGCCGCAACAUUUUUACCAAUUACCAGUUGGCCGCCUAACCCAAUUACCGGUUCCCAGACUGACCAGUUAAUAGCAAUGUUAGUUACCAUUCCUUUUCUUCUUGGACGAAUUUUACUUAUUUCACUUUUUUUAUUUAUUACUACUUAUUUCACUUAUUGCCUAAGCCCUGUGAGUGAAAUUAAAUUAACCAACUACUUAAAAAUUACACCAUAAAAAAACUACUUGAAAAUUACAAAUAUAGUCCUCCGAGUUGUGCGAUCUUUCUGGAAAACUGAAAAAGAGAGAAACGGGGACACAAAGACACAUCCCGCAAGAGCUACAAAUCAAAUAAGAAAAUCGGUAAAAAGCCAAAGAACAAAAAAUAAUUUUGUUCUUUCUCCUCCCUCCUCCGUCCCCAUCUCAAUUCCUAUACUCUCAUCAUAGCAUCAGCAGUGAAGCAUCAAUCAUCGAAUCACAACGUCAAUGGCGGGCCCACCGCCGGGACCCACAAAGAAAUGGGGAAAAAAGAAUAUCUCGCCAUUCCCCGUAUAAAUAAUGAGGCCACGUAGAGACGCAGGCAAACGCAAAUCCCCUUCCCAAACAAGCCCCACUACCGCGGCCGCGCCAGCAACUGCAGAAGUCGACUCCUCCGCCCCGAGGUCUCCGGCGGGACACCACGAGACCACCAUCCCCACCGCCGCCGCCCUCUCGCCGCCGGUAGGCUACCAACUGACGCUGCUCGCGGAGCUGUUCAUGGCGGGGCAAUCGAGGAAGUGGAUGAUACUGGUGGCGACGAUAUGGAUUCAGGCCUUCACGGGGACGAACUUCGAUUUCUCGGCCUACUCCUCGCAAUUGAAGUCGGUGCUGGGGAUCUCGCAGGUCCAAUUGAAUUACCUAGCCGUGGCGUCCGAUUUGGGGAAGGUUUUCGGCUGGUCGUCGGGGCUCGCCCUGAUGUACUUCCCGCUUUGGACGGUUCUGUUCUCGGCGGCGUUCAUGGGGCUCUUCGGCUACGGGCUUCAGUGGCUUGUGAUUCGGAACGUCAUCUCCCUGCCUUACAUUCUGGUGUUCAUUCUCUGUCUACUGGCUGGAUGCAGCAUAUGUUGGUUCAACACCGUCUGCUUCGUUCUCUGCAUCCAAAACUUCCCAUCUAGCCGGUCCUUGGCUCUAUCCCUCACUGUAAGCUUCAACGGGGUAAGUGCAGCCCUCUACACGCUUGCUGCCAACGCCAUAGAUUCAUCAUCAAACGAGGUCUAUCUUCUUUUAAACGCCCUUUUCCCCAUAAUCACUUCCAUUGUAGCAUUAGUCCCCAUUCUUCGCCAGCCAAAUCUAGACCCUCUCCCCCCUGACGGAGUCCGCCGUGACUCGGUCGUAUUUCUCAUCUUGAACUCUUUAGCCGUCCUCAACGGCAUCUACCUUCUCCUCUUUGGCUCAAACACAGAUGACAUCACAGUAGCUCACUUACGCUUCGCCGGAGCCAUAUUCCUCCUGGUUCUGCCGUUGUGCAUCCCUGGAAUUGUCUACGCCAGGCAGUGGUUCCACCAUGCAAUCAACACCAGCUUCCAAAUCCCUGAAGGUUCCACCUUCAUGCUUGUCGACGUGGACGACCUGGAGCUUCACAAGGAGCUUCUAGCCCGGGACACAACCAACAACGGAGAUGGGGAUUUCACCUGGAAUGAUUCGACCCUCGUCCUGAAAAGCAUCGACGACGACGAGAGCCGUGAUCGAAAGGGGAACUGUUGUGAAGGUGUGGUUGGGAGAGAUAAGCUGGCUAUGCUUGGGGAAGAGCACACAGCUUGGCUGCUCGUGAGAAGGAUGGAUUUCUGGCUCUACUUUCUUGCCUACUUCUGUGGAGGAACCAUUGGACUUGUGUACAGCAACAAUCUGGGCCAAAUUGCACAAUCUCUUGGGCAGGGAUCUUGUACUACAUCUCUUGUCACUGUGUAUUCUUCCUUCUCGUUCUUCGGCCGCCUGCUCUCUGCUGCACCAGACUUCAUAAGAACGAAGGUUUACUUCGCGAGGACAGCGUGGCUGACGAUCGCCCUACUGCCCACGCCGGUCGCUUUCUUCCUGCUGGCUGCAUCAGGCGACAAGACGGGCCUCUACAUAGCCACCGGACUCCUGGGACUGAGCUCCGGCUUCAUAUUCGCGGCGGCGGUGUCCAUAACUUCAGAGCUCUUCGGUCCCAACAGUGUGAGUGUGAACCACAACAUUCUCAUCACCAACAUCCCAAUCGGGUCGCUCAUCUACGGCUUCCUUGCCGCCAUUGUCUACGAUGCCAACGCAAUGUCGUCGUCUGGCGGCUCAGGGAACAUGGUGAGCUCCGACUCCAUUGUGUGCAUGGGGAAGGACUGUUACUUCCUGACGUUCGUGUGGUGGGGAUGCCUGGCCAUUAUUGGGCUGGCGUCGAGCAUGCUGCUGUUCUUGAGGACGAAACACGCUUAUGACCAGUUCGAAAAGAAGCGUGCUUUGGCGCAAGUUGAUUAGAGAAGAAAGGGUUUUUAACUUCGAAGGGGGGGGAGGGAGAACAUUUUUGUGUUUGUUCAACAGAGAUUUAGCGGGGUGGCGAAAUGUGCAUAUGUAUAUAGCUGUCUCUACGUUGAGCCUUUUUCACAGAAGUUCUCCAUUGAUGAAGGAAGUGUAUGGUAGGAUAUUAACGCACGCAUGCAAAGAUUUUGGUUCUCGAUUUACAUCUAUAUAUUUGCAGAGCGAUCUCUCUUUGUAGGAGAUGGUGAAUUGUCGUUUGGUUCUUGUUGGUUGAAAGCUGUACUCUGUAUGUAUGGUUGAUCUGGUGGGUUAGGUUCUUCAUAUUUUCAUCCUGGUGUAGCCGAACCAAUUAGUAAUAAUCAAACAAUUAAGUGACUUCUAAGUCCCAUGACUUUGAUAAAAUAUUAGAAAAAUGCUUGACCGGUUAGGAUUAAAAAUAUCUUAGUGUUUUGAAAAUAAUGAACUCUUAUUUUGAACAUGAAAAGUGAGCAGAAAAUCAACCUCGUUGACUUGUUGAUAUACAAGUAUUGCUCAAACAACGAUCAUUGAUGUUUUAACACCUUUUCAGUCUCACCGAACUCUAAAACCACAACUUAUUUACACUAUUUUUAGAUUGAUAAGUGAAUGAUCUAUUUAAAGGGGAUCUUGUUGAUAAUAAGCCGUAAUGUGAGUGGUUGAUUUAUUAUCUUCUAUAUAAUAGCGGACUACACUUUAUUGGCCCAAACUUCCUACUACUAUUUCAAUUUCUGUCGUUUUGUGUGGCAACCAUUGAGAGAGCUUCGCAUAAUAGCUUCCCAAAAACUUCCUCGCGGCAGUCGGCCAUCCCUUCCCUCGUGCCCUUACCGUAAAAGCAGCAGUCGGCCAUGUCUGUCUGCGGUCGUACCCAUCCUUUCACCAUUCCACUUGCAUUUUUCAAGUUUGUAGGACUGCGAUUGUUGCUGCCGGAAGGAAAAAGAGGCCUCUCUUGCCCUGUUACACACUCGCUUCGUAUCUCCACUGACGUCCCUUCUCUGGCUCUUGGACUGUACCCUCACCCCAUUCCCAAAAUCUCGCCCCCAUUCCUCACCAUUCACCCCAAAUCCCGCCAUCCCGUUGUGCUUUUCAAUGGUACAAUCGCCUCAGCAACCCACUUCAGUACGCAAUCCACAGAGGAAGCCACCUCUCCCCGCCAUUCUUCCUUCCCAACACCCACCCUGCCACCAAUUCCACCUUAUCUUUAGAUUUCUUUUCCUCCGAUACCCUAUUUCUUUGCAAGUUUUGUUUUUCUUCUCCUCUCUCUCUCUGAUGAGAAAACCCAACGAUGGCCGACGGAGAUGAGCCCAGUGGAGCCAUUCCCUGGAGCUUCCAACCCGUAAGUGAAAGAUAUAUAUUUGGUUGCUGCUUUGCGGUGGCUGAAUCUGAAUAUGUUGUUUUCAUGUGCUUUUUAUGCAGGAAAAUAGUGGUUGUGCUUGAAAUCACAUUUAAGAAGAGGUCAAGGUGGUUCUAAACAACCCUGUUGGUUGAAGAAGAAAAUGACGACAAGGGAUUUUCGGUGUUGCGGAAUCGGCGACAACUGGGAUAGUAGGGGAGGAAGGGUGGUGGUGUUGGUAGGAGGAUGAUGAAUGAGCGUCGCGGUGACUGGGGUAGUAAGGGAGGAAGGCUGGUGGUGUUGGUAGGAGGACGAUGAAUGAGCCUCGCAGUGGUGUUAGGGAUUGAAGAAGUUGAAGAUGGAAUCCCCAUUUUUUGUUCUCUUUCACUGCUAACAAUUAGGUUAAGUUUUCCUCUGAUAUUUCAGAAAGUGAUUUCCUUUUUGUAGCUGGAACUUAAAGAUAAAGAGUUGGUAAUCUACACACUUUGAUUUUUUGUGUUUUCAUAGGUAUUCUUGGAGUUCCUCACAUAUUUACUUGCUGCUGGUUUGUUUUUUUCCCACGAUCUUAAGACUGUGAUGGUUUGUUUUUUCCCCACGAUCUUAAGACAAUGACCAGUAGUGUUCCAUUGCUUAUCCUUGCAAUAUUUAGUUCUCAUUGUUGGAUUGUUCUAUUAAUUAUGACAUGAUCUAUGUUAUUCCUCUACAGCAACAUGGAAGCUGCAGCUGGUGUUAGGAGCUGAACUACAUGUGGUUGCAGGUGCAAUACACAAGGAGGAGUUAAUCCACAAAUUGGUAUGUGUUUUAUUCUUCUCCUUCAUGUUGAUUUCUCUGUUCAAUUUAUAAUAUUGAUUCUUUGGAGUUAGAUCUGAAAUAAGUUGUUUUGGACUAGCUCUGCCGUUAUAUAAGCAUGUUUGCCAAUAAGUGUAAAACCUCACUCUUUGGAAGAUUAAUCCUGGUUUCAUGCCACUCUCUUAUUAACUGAAUUAAUUGACUUCAGUGACUGGUGGUGGUUUCCAGUUUCCACCCCCUAAUAACCUGUUCAAGAAUCCUUUUUUGCUUUCUUCGUAGUGGGUGGCUUUGUUUCCAUCCCCUAAACACAGUUAACAACUUCUGCUUGCUUUUCACAUGUACUUCACCAUGUUUCUCUAUGAUGAAGGCCAAUUAAUGCUUGCUUUUACAGGUCCUUUCCUAAAGUUUCAGUCAAAAGGAGGAAUGCUGCUAACAUUAUGUUCUGUAGAAGAUGAGCCUUAGUAUUUGUGUAUUGAAGCAUUCUACAUUAUGUAUUUAAUUUGUCAAUUCUCUAUUUCUUAGCAUUCUGUAAUUGUAUGGAUAUAGCACUACGGCUUUCCUAGAGUUCCAUAUAUAAUGAACUGCAAUGUUGACUUGAUUUGUAUUAUGGAAUGCAGAGCAGGAUAAUCAAGAAGUUUCUUAAUUUAAAGUUUGAACAGAUAACAAUGUUGCCUGGAUCUAUUUGAUAACAAUUUUAUUAUUUUCUUAUAUAUAAUAAUGACACCAUAAAUUUAGCAAAUGUGCAGGACAAUUUCUUAUAUUUGUAUUGAUACCCAAAGCUUCAUCACCAUAUUUCUAACCGUUUGUAAAUACAGAAUACAACUUAAGCAUGCCUUUACAUGUCCAGUUUAAUAUAUAUAAAUUAAAUUACAACACUGCUCACCAAGUUCCCUCCAAAUCAGAACAACCACAACUAGGUUCUAUAUUGAUGUGGAUUGUGGAGAGCAUCAAUUUUUAAACGUAUCCUUUCUUGGUGGCAGUUAGUUCAGCAACUUACCAUUAUCGAUCAAACUAAAACGGUUAACAUAUUCUUUUUCUGAACUUUAGUAUACCAAGGUUAUUAAUUUUAGCUAAAUCGGAUUUUACUUGACUGUUUUUCAUGAACACACUUCCAAUACUCUAAAACUCACAUCAUUGCCUAUAAUACGACGGUUCUUAUCUAUCGUCAUCUGAACUACCAGCCAUACGGUCAUGUUGAUGCAACUUAAGUCCCCGUGGCGUAGCCACGGGUAUUGAUCCUAGUAGUACGCCACGGGUAUUGAUCCUAGUAGUACAUAAUUGCCAAGUGACCAAUCGUUAUUUUCCUAUGUAAUAUUGGAGUCCCGUUACAACUUACAAUAGUGAAACCUUUAUAGUUUAUAGUGGUGGAGUCAUAUUGUAAGUGUAACACACAUAGCCACAUAGGUAGUACCCAAACGAUGAACCGGUCUAUUUAAGCGGUCAACCGUGAUUAUGCCGGUUAUUUUCAAAAGUCACAAGUGCCGACUGCAAGACCCAACUCCCAACCCAGCCGCUGCCUUCCCUGUCCAAGUCAUCUCUGUAGUCUGUUCCCCUCGUUGUGUUCAUGGCGUCGGAUAGUUUUUCUCCCUGGUCAAUGCUGAAGAAUAAUUUUUGUUUUGGGAUCCAGAGUAGGACUAUAGGAAAUAUCUAUUGGAUUAGCGUUCAAAGUCUUGCUGAUUUUUGCCCAGAAGCUCUGAAUUCAGGUAAUCUCUGACUGCCAGUUUUGAUGAAGCUCCUGUUCUUUUGUUGGUAUAUGGUAACCGGAAUUCAGCGCAGUUCUUUUUUACAGUUCGCGUCUCAGAACAAAAAAUUUAAGCGGGCAUUGUUAUUAGCAAAAUAUGUUCCUUCAACACCUGCCGUCGCGACUGGGAUUGAACUUUCUGGCUAAGAUGAUAGCUAAAUUCAAUCUUGAUAGUGGGGAUUGCCAAUCGUGAAACAUCCCGAUGCGUCGCUCACAGCCUUAGGUUACUAUGCGAAGCAAUAGUUAGCUAUUCGAUGCUUAAAAUCAUCCCCUUCAAAUUCAUUCCAGGUGCUGUCAGUAUCUCAUUAUUUUCACUCAGUUGGUUCCCUCUCUUUGGUUUUGUACUAGCCCAGAAGUUUCUGACAUUCGUUUUAUUGUGUUUGUGGUUCAAGGAUUUAAUAGUUUCAAUAGCCUGAACAACAAUUACAGUACUGGGAAUCGUUGUGGGUUGCAAAGAUUUUUAUUGUGUUCAUCAGCUGGUGUUGUUACCCUGAUCCCAACUUUGGCAUGGCAUUCCCAUUUGGUAACGGUAGUAGUAUGAAGUGGCAUUUCGCUGCAAGUGAAAUUAGUGAUUCUACUGCUGAGCAGAAGCCCAGAAAGAUGUUCCUGUUACUCUUUACCAAACUUCUAGUCAGCCACUGGUUAUGUGGAACUACUGUACAGGCCUGUAAGGUGCUUCUCAUAUCCUUUCCUUCAAUUAUUUAUGGUCUUUCCUUUUUUCUCCGAAUCCGUCAUUGAUUGGACUUCCCUCGCCUGUGUUGAUAUGUUAAGACUAGAGACGUUUCUCGGCUGCUCAAGAUAAAACUGUGACAAAAGGGCAUGUACCUUCUGUUCUGUCUAUAUGAUGUGGUGCACCGCUCUUAUUUAUCUGCUAUGCUUCUCGAAAUUUAGUUUAAUGGUAGAGAUUUGCCAACAGGGAAAUUAUUCUUAUACAUGAGAUCAGGAUACUAUCUCUCUUUUUGCAUAAGAUAAAAAAAUUAAAAAUGAUUGUUUAUGUAGGAAGAUGAGGUCCCAUGCCACAGUUUGUUGUGAUACUUGCCAGUAGGGUUGCCAGUUUUACUUUUCUCAUAUCUGCUUUCCUGGCUUAGGAUAAUCAUGAGAUUGAGCAUAUGGUAUCUCUUUAAUGCAUGUUCUUGGUGUAAUAGUAGUAGCAUUCUGCAUAUCGGGAGCAGUUCUGAUGUGGCUGAUGGGGUCUUGAAAGUUUAUUCCAACACAGAGAAGAGCGGUUAGCUUUAGCAUGCACAUGCAUUUUUUAGUUUAUUGCAAUAUGCCUGCAGCUUUGCUUAUGCAAUUUUUGUAUCUUCUUAUUUAUUUUAUAUAUAGGUGAAGAUAUAUCCUGGAGAAAUUGCCUUGCUUAACGUAGGGCUGAGAAUUAAAGUUCAACUCCAAU